GCCAAGCGCGCCCUCUGAUUGGCUGUCGGCAGACGCGCAGACAGAGUCGCUCUCCUUGGUGCUGAAAUCGCCGACCGUUCGCGAUAAUGUAAACUGCGAUGAGGCCAAACGGAGUAUCGGAUAAAAAAUACAAAAAUGGAGGAUGACCUUUUUCAGCUGAGACAGCUUCCUGUUGUUCGCUUCCGUCGCACAGGUGAGAGCACACGUUCCGAGGAAGAUGUGGAGAGCAGAGAGCAGGGUGUCACAACAGCAGCGCCUGUUGAUCUGGAAUCUGUGGCACUUGCAGAAGGAGCUCCAGUGCCACGAGAGUUUGCAAAUCCAACCGAUGACACGUUCAUGGUAGAAGAUGCAGUGGAGGCGAUUGGCUUUGGCACAUUUCAGUGGAAGCUCUCUAUUCUCACUGGACUGUCCUGGAUGGCUGAUGCCAUGGAGAUGAUGAUUCUCAGCAUCUUAGCUCCACAGCUCCACUGUGAAUGGAGGCUACCAAGCCUUGAGGUGGCACUACUGACAUCGGCAGUGUUCAUUGGAAUGAUGAUUAGCUCUUCUCUUUGGGGAAACAUAUCUGAUAGAUACGGCAGAAAGAUGGGCUUAACACUGAGCGUACUUUGGACCAUGUUCUACGGCCUCAUGAGUGCAUUUGCACCCAUUUACGGGUGGAUCCUGUUCCUGCGUGCAUUAGUGGGCUUUGGUAUAGGAGGAGCACCACAGUCGGUGACCCUGUAUGCCGAGUUUCUUCCCAUGAGAUCCAGAGCUACAUGUAUCCUGCUGAUUGAGAUCUUUUGGGCAAUUGGCACAGUUUUUGAAGUUCUGUUAGCAAUCCUGGUGAUGCCCACUCUGGGCUGGCGCUGGCUGCUGGGCCUUUCCACCAUCCCUCUCUUCAUCUUUGCCUUUCUGUGCUAUUGGCUUCCAGAGAGUGCUCGUUAUGAUGUGCUGACGGGGAACCAGGAAAAGGCUCUUGCUACUCUGAAACGAAUAGCAACAGAAAACGGUGUCCCCAUGCCUCUGGGAAAACUUAUUGCUGCAAGACAGGAAGACCGGGGAAAGAUUAGAGACUUAUUCUCAUCACAACUUCGCUGGACUACAAUUCUACUCUGGUUUAUUUGGUUUGCAAACGCCUUCUCUUACUACGGACUGGUGCUCCUCACCACAGAGUUGUUUCAAGAGGGAGGCGCAUGUGGAAUGGCCAAAGGUGGUAAAAAGGAGCUGCGAUGCAGCUUGGAGUGUAAAUAUUUAAAUUCUGAUGACUACAAAGAUCUACUGUGGACAACAUUAUCUGAAUUCCCAGGACUGCUGGUUACACUGUGGGCUAUUGAUCGACUGGGACGGAGAAUGACCAUGGCAUUGUGUUUCCUCGUCUUCUCCCUGUGCAUCAUUCCCCUGUAUGGAUGUGUUGGGAGAGUGUCCAUGACAGUGCUAAUAUUCGUAGCCAGGGCGUUUAUUGCUGGAGGCUUCCAGGCAGCUUAUGUUUACACUCCGGAGGUUUAUCCAACAGCAACCAGAGCUUUGGGUCUGGGAACAAGCAGUGGAAUGGCUAGAGUUGGCGCUCUCAUCACUCCUUUUGUUGCACAGGUGAUGCUAGAGUCCUCAGUGUACCUGGCUCUCUCUGUGUACUGCUGCUGCUGCCUGUUUGCUGCUGUUGCCUCCUGUGCUCUGCCCAUUGAAACCACAGGCCGGGGGCUGCAGGAGUCCAGCCAUCGUGAGUGGGGACAGGAGAUGGUAGGCCACAAAGCUGAAGAAAUCCCACACUCCAACUCAAGCUCCCAGGGUUGAGAACGUGUUUGCUAAGGUACAAACAGAAGGCAAGUGCAGCAACAAGACAAGAUGAGAAGAAAGGAGAAAACAACACCAUCUUUCUGCCCUUCUUGUAUGUUACCCCUAAGAGCCAGGCAGUACCAUUUAUUUUCUCAUCAUGUCAUGAAAGGUCUUUAAACAUCACUGGUGUCACAGGGUUUCCAUUGUAAAACUACGUACACACGGAGUGAGUGAGAGAGACCUAAUGUACAAGAUUUCAGGAGAGGAUGAUGAAAAUAAGAAAGUUUUCAAAUGUAUCUUCAUGCAUCCACCUUCUUAUAAGAGCCUUAAAUGAACAUAUUCAACUUUUGAACCUUUUUAAAACGCUGCUUCUGUAGUAGACAAAGCAUAUUUAACAUAACAUCUUCUCAGUAUUUUUAGUAAGGAAAUCUGAUCAUCUCAUGUACGUAUAGGCUGCCUGCUGAUAUGCACUUUAAUGUAUGAAAAAAAAAAAACCGUUUAGGUAAAACUAAUUUAUUUUAUUGAACAGUCCCAUUAUUAUGAUAAAUAUAUAGAUAAUUUU